AUAAGGUUACUGAGAUCCGAUCCGUAGCUUCAAUAUGUUUAGUAGAAACACUUAAAACGGUAAAAGAAGUAUGGUCUAGAGUUAAAAAGUGCUUUAAAUCUGACUUAUUUACUUGCUUGAUUUCUACUAAAUCAUUCAGUAGUUUUUUAGGAGUAUUUUUAGUUAAAUUAAAACCGGUGAUAGUUGAAAAUGAUAGUUUAAUGGAAUAUUUAUUAAAAGCAAUUGGUGCUAAGACUAGUGAAAAUUUUAAAGAAUUUUUCUCCCAAGAGGAAAUAGACAAAAUGAGUUAUGAUGAAAAAUUUUUCCCUCCUUGUAAGUGUGGAAAAUAUGGAGAGGAGGUGUGUCAUAAGUGUGCUCCAUGUGUCAAAUGCGGAAAAGAGAGUUACGGAGAUUAUUUUACAGAAAAACCUCGUUUACCAAAAAAAGAACCCAGACAAGUUGAGAAGUGCGACCAUUGUGGAAAAUUAGGAGAAAUUAAGGUUGGUAGUGCUUAUUGGGGGAAAAGUUUUUGUAGUUCUAAUUGCUAUGAACUUGCUUAUGCUCGUGUAUCUUCUCUCAAAAAUCGUGAUGAGAUUAGGGCUCAUUGUUGUGUUUGCAGAUUCCGAAUUUUUGGCGAAGAUAAUAACUUUACAGAAGAUUUCAAAAAUAGAAAAGGAAUGGUUUACUAUUCGGAUGGAAGCAUUAAUUCAUUUUACUGCUCGGAAACAUGCUUUGAAAAGAGAGGGGAUAAAAGCGGUAUGAGUGGAAGCGCGUUCCAUGACCGCAAUCCAACCUCAUCAGGCAAUUCUCCUAAACCUAUUCCAGCGGUUCCGAACUCUCAACCGAUAACUAAUAAAAGCGACAAAAAUAAUGUUAAAGUUAUUAAGUUCGAAGAUAAUCUGCUCAAACCUACUGAAAAUUCACCGGUUAAAACUGAUAAUCAAACCCUAAUUAUUAAUUUGAAAAGUAUUAAGCACAUAACUCUAACUUCGGAUAAUAAUUUAGUGAUUGAAUUUAAUAAGGUCGAAACUAAUAGUGCUAGACAAGAGGUUGAAAUUGUAAAUGACAAGCAAAUAGGUAGCAGUCAAGAACUUCAAAAAAUUAAAAAUUAUUUACAAGGAAGUGGAGAAAAGAGUAUUAACCAACAAAAGUUAAACAGUAUUCUCAACUUUGACAACACUAACACAGGGAUUACAGAUGAGCCCGAUAAUUAUACAUUAGCAGUAGGAUUGAGUGUAAUUUUCGUCCUAAGUGGAUUAACUAUUGGAGAAGAAAUAGAUGCUUCGACUGUCUGUUGCAUCGAUUGUUUACACAAAUUUGAGUAUGAUGAAGAAGGUUGUCAUAUUAUAAUUAAUCGUCAUGAAGAGGCGGAACACGAGGGAGAAUUUGAAAAAUAUAAGCAAGCCCAGGAAAAAGCCCAAAAGCAAGAAUGCGAAAGGGUGGUGGAGAACAUGAAACAAGAAAAAUAUUGGGCUAAUAAUGUUAGAGAAGGCGAAGUUCCUAUUCAAAUAGUUGAGGAAUUUCAGGAAAAAGAAAUAGAAUUUUUUAAAAAAGAUGAUAGUGAUAAUCCACCGUUAGAAAUUGAGGAAGGAGAAAGAAUUGUUAUGACUGACGAACAAGUGGAUAAUAAUCAAGAAUUGCAAAAAGUUAGAAAUUAUUUGCAAAAAAAUAAUAAAGUUAGUUUAAAUCAACGAGAAUUAACGGAAUUUUUUAAUUCUAGUUCAGUUCCAGUUGAAGCACCAAAAGAUAUUAACAGAUUGCUUAAAAUAGGCGGAGGAGCAGUUUUAGUGUUUGGAGUGCUGGGGUGA